AUGCAAGGGAGAGAUAGGGAGGGAUACAGAGUGCGCGCCAUUGAUAUGAACGCCAGGCGAUUUCCGGACACAUCCUAUCAGUUCACCACUCAUUCAGUAACGGCCUCUCCAGACAUAGUCUCACAAAACCGAUCGAUAUUUACCAUUGAUUUUGAAUUCACCUCAAAAGUGGGACGACCACUGAUUACGAAAGCGGCUAUACUUCCCGACGCUAUGCGGCUUUCCUAUUGUUUGAAGAAAAGUAGCUGA